CUCUUCAAGUACAAAGACACCGUACAAAGAGGAAAAGCUUGGGGAAAAGACAGUUUCACAUGUGCAUUAGCCCUCAGAAGCCACAAGCUUGACCUACAAGCAUGGUCACUGCCACUUCCACAGCUCCAGGUGGAACCAUGAUGAGCUGGCAGGACAUUUUCAAAGAGAAGCUUGCAGAAAUGCACGUAACAGAGCAGUGGACGCUUCAGGAGGAUGACACCCUGAGGGUGAAAGCCCUCAGUCCUCACUGGAAGGAGUUUGUGCAGCGCUGUGCUCUUGGGAGAUUUCAGUGCUCCCAGUGCUGUCAUAAAUGGACGUCAGCCAAAGUGCUCAUCCUGUUCCACAUGCGCCAGUGCCCAGGCUGGGGCAUAAUACGGAUGCGAGUCUUUCGCCAGGAAUGCAGGCGCUGCCCCAACCCGCAGCUGGAGUAUCCUGAGUUCAGCCUGGAGACUGUGGAGAGGAUUCUGCACAAUCUGAUGGAUGUAGUGGGGCCUGGGGAUUGCAAAGAAGAGCUGAGGUGAUGGCUUGAGGAGCUGAUGGAGCACCUGGAAAACUGGCUUAUGGCUCAGCUGGGCUCUCCUGGCAUGGGAGGCUCUCCUGGUGGCAUGGAAACACAUCAGGAUGCCUCAGCCAGGCACCUUGUCCCAAAGCCUUGGGGAAGCUGGUGGGUGUGAUGCUUUCUUAGGGAAUAUGUUCCGUAUGUGGAUAACUCUCAGCUACCCCAUGCAAA